AUGGACGGACAUCACAACCCCUCGAAUGGAACAGGUGCCAGUGAAGGCCCUGCCCCGAAAAAGCCCUGUCUUAUUGAGACACCUAUCGCAGGGACCCCAGACAACGGCAGCGGCAGCGAUUUCUACAACACUCCCUUGGCUGUAGGUACACCAGACAUAGGUAUAGCCAGCCUAAAUUCUGGAGACAGUACAGCUGAACCCUCUACUUCCUUGAAGCCAAGCCAUAUGAUCCCCGGAUUGAACCUUAUCCACCACCCCUCCGAACAGGAAACUGGCUUGCCUUCGACCGAAGACACAAUCAAGCAAGAGGAAGAUCAACUAGUGAAUCAACAAGAAGAGGAGACGGAGCCCAAGGAAGAGGAAAUUCAGCACGUCUCCCAACCCGAGUCCACCGACGCAGUCAUGAAGGACGAGACGGAGGCAAACCAAGUAAAAAACGAACCCACUGCUCCCCUCAGUGAAGCUAUGGAUGUUGAGCAAGAUACCCGCCAAGACAAUAUGAUCGAAGCCACUGGUCAGGCUGGCGACUCCAAAGAAAAUGAGCACCCUGAGUGGGAGGUUGAUUCUUCCCCAUACGAGUCAUCUUCAGACAGCUCUGAUUCCUCGGACUCCGAUGAUAGUGACGAUGAAGACUAUCCCAUCCUUAGCGCCGAGGAGCAAGCACAGAUUCUCAUGCGGGCCGAAGGUGGUUCCGAUGACGAGGGAGACGGCAAGGGGAAAACAGGCGGACGACUGCGGACCACCAACGAGAUCGAAUAUGAAGCCUUGCCUAUCCCUGAUGUUACGAUCACCCCCGAGAUGAAGAUUGUGUUCCUCGGAAAAGUUCAUGCCGCUAUCGAUAACAAUGUUCUUAUCGAGGCUAACACCUCUGGAGAAUAUCAGGUACUUGAGUCGGGCUCCUUGCUUUGCUCUGAUGAUCGCCAGGUCAUUGGUGUAGUAGCAGAGACCCUGGGCAGAGUGGAGAAUCCUCUGUAUACAGUCACAUACUCUACAGCUUCCGAAGUUCAGGAAAAGGGCUUAGUGAAGGGCAAGGAUAUCUUCUAUGUCGAGGGACAUUCCACCUUUGUGUUCACCCAGCCGCUCAAGGGCAUGAAGGGAAGUGACGCUUCCAACUUCCAUGACGAGGAAGUUGCUGCUGAAGAGAUGGAAUUCUCCGACGAUGAAGCAGAGGCUGAAUACAAGCGGAAGCUGAAACAGAAGCGACAAGAGCGAAAGGAGGCCAGAGAAGGCCCCAAGGGCAAGAAGCCUGCCCCGGGACCUUCAAAAUUGAACCAGACAGAGCUCAACUAUGACGAUGCUGGAGUUGAAGGCAACGAGCGUGGCGGGUUCCGUGGCGGAAGAGGUCGUGGCCGGGGUGACCGUGGACACGGAGGACGAGGAGGACGAGGCAGAGGUGGACGUGGAGGAAGGGAGUGGGACCAGGAUCGUCGGCCUCAGCAGGCCAGUGGCGCAACCCACGAGUCCCAGCCUCAGCCUCAAGCACAGCCCGCUGCUCCCUACAGCCAGCCGAUGUACCAGCAACCCCAGCAGCCAUUUGGGAUGCCCCAACCCUUCGCUGCGUAUGCGCAAUACGCACAGCAGCAAGCCCAGAACCCGCAACAGGCCCAACAACAACAGCCCCAGUUCGGCCAAGGUGGAGCGCAACCACAGAUGCCUUUCCAGUUCUCUCCAUACCCAGCCUUCCAACAACCGCAACCUAAUAACUUCCAGAGCGUCCAACAGGGUGCUCCCCAAUUCAAUCCUCAAUCCCUGGCUAUGUUGCAACAACAGCAACAAUUCAUGCAGCUUCUGCAACACCAGCAGCAUUACCAACAGUCUCAGCAGAAUUACCAACAACCCCAGCAUCAACAGCCUCAGCCUCAGCAACAGCAACAACAGCACCAGCCUACCCAGGCCCAAAACCCGGCUAUGAACUUUGACCAAGUUAAAGCUCAGCUGGAUCUGCUGCGAAACCUGAGCGGCGGCAACCAGGGCGCUCCCCCUUCCUGA